AUGAUCCUUCGAUUAUUUUUUCUUUUAAUAAUCCUCUCGAUUACUUUGGCUUUUCGACAACAAAGCGUCGGAAUUAUUGGGAAAUUGACGUGUGGAAAUCAAGUAUUACAAGACACGGAGAUCAAAUUGUGGGACAAGAAUUCACUGGUCUUGAAGAUGGAUGUUCAUUUUAAAGUGUAUCACAAUUGCGAGAAUCCAUUCGGACUUUGCAAACGAAAAGUUGAUCUUGAAGUCCCGGCUUCAUACGUGACUCGAUCGUCGACCGUUGAGAAAUGGUUUGACGCUGGUGUGCUGAAUAUGGCAUUCAAAUAUCCCGAUGAGUCGACCGAAUGUCUU